AUGACGGUGGAUCAGGGUGGCACACAGAUUUGCCGCCUUCUCCUGACCUCCAGGCCUUUCCCUGGCGACCAUGUCGCUGGGUCUGCCCGGGCCGCGGGGAACCUGCAGCUGGUCGCGGAAGCAGUGAGCUUGCAAGGCCUGGCUUUGGUGUCCGCCGGCCGUGCCGUGGAGGCACAGCAGGUGUUGGGCGCUGAACUCAACGCGAGCCGAAGUGCAGGAGAUCAGCAGAGUCAGGCAAUUCUGCUCGCGGCUCAGAGCAGCGUGGCCCUUGCAGCCGGGGAUGCGAAGACGGCGCAGGGCUACGCAAGCGAAGGUCGACAGAUCAUUUCUCGAAAGGGCUCGUCAUCGGAGAAGCAAAACAGGGCACUUCUUCUCCGACUCCAUGUGGCAGAAGCCAAUGCCCAUCUCGCUGCGGAAGCGAUGGCCCCGGCCGCUGUGUCGGCUUGGGAGGCUCUCGCGCUGGCACGAGAAACUCGGGAUGAUGACGGCCAGUGCGAAGCGUUGCACGUAAUGGCUCUCCUCUUCCUCUUUUUCGGCAGGAGCGCAGCCAGAAAAGUGCUGCAAGAGGCCGCGAAGGGCGACUCGCCCUUUGCAUCCCUGGAGUCCUCGAACCAAACAGCCGCGCUUCUCCGGAGGCUUGGGGACAAGGAGGGCGAGGCUGCAGCGAUGCUCUUUGGCGUUGCGGAAGCCCGGCUUUUGCAGGGAAACGGCCUGGAGGCCCAGGGAGCCGCCCGACGCGCGCAGGAGCUCUUCCGGCUCAGACAUCGACGUGGCCGGCUGGCGGCACUGGACACUCUGACACGCAGCUUGGGCUUGGAUACCUUGGCCACACUUCAGGCCACAGAAGAGGAGCUGAGCCUCUUCGAGUCCGAGCAGGAUGUGGCCGGGCAGGUCUCGGCGUACCAGAUCUUGGCAGAUGCUUACAUCGCAAGGAAAAUCUACGGAGAGGCUCGCAGCGCUCUGAGGAAGGCCGUGGAAUUGCUGAAAGGAACAGCAGCUGCUGAGUUGGAGGGUCAGACCCUAUUGCUGCUAUCACAAGUCGAGGACUUUAUGGGCGGGACGGCUGCUGCUUUGAAGUCUGCCGAGAAGGCACUGAUCGCUGCGAAGUCCAGCAAAGACGCUGCCCUCGUUACUUGGAGGGUCGGGGGACUUAGUAACUGGUUAUUUUAA